AUGAAAAAUGUGGCAUCCUGUAACCUAAACUUAAGAUUCCAGCAGCAAGGUACGGAGGGCCCUCGCCCAACAGAAUUUGUGGCCGAUUUUCUGCACAAUCUACUUCACCUCGAUGUCAAACCUAUUCUCGACCGGGCGCAUCGGACUCUGCGGCCCAGACCCGGAGACGGAGCCCCGCCGCGGCCCUUCGUGGUUCGUGUCAACCAGUUCCAGACAAGGAAUGAAAUUCUCCGCAAAGCCCGUGAGUCACCUGCCCUGACCUUUCAGGGGAAACGAGUGUUUAUUUUCCCUGAUUUUACGGCCAUUGUGGCAAAGAAGCGCGCUGCAUUCAGCGGCGUGAAGAAAGAACUUCAUUCCUGUCCAGGGAUAAAGUUUGGACUUUUCUUCCCAGCAUCACUGAGAAUAACACUCCCCAAUGGACAGCUUCGCACGUUUGACAGUCCCGACUUGGCUAUGGACUUUGUGAAGAAAAAUCUCAAGACCAUGGUGGACCCACAGUCUGUUUAA